AUGUUUGACAUACCGUCAUCGACUAGCAUUGAUGAAUGGUUCCAGCCUUUCUCUGGCCAGGCUGAUAAGCAACCGCCAAACCAAACCGAAAUUUCUCCCUCCCGUCACCAGUAUCUACCAACCUUUGAACAUGGGCCGCACGGAGGUCCAUCAUCAUCCUACGAAGUGUAUCAAUCCUCAGAAAAAAAGUCCACUCCACAAUCAGCAGUGGAACAAGGAAUUAGCAAGGAUUUACCUACGCCUCCAAACAGCUGGAAAAGCAAUGGGUUCGGUUAUCAUACAGAUUUAUUGUCUCUUCAAACAACACACGAUAAACUCGAGACCGCUGCUACACAAGGAAGGACAUUGCCACUUGAGGGUAACGCUCAUGAUAACGGGUUGCUCAGUGAUAAAGACCAGGGACGACUGGAUCAAGACCCUCGUGUUACUGCUGGAAAGAACGAUGGCUUUUAUGCCUGUUUCUUUCAAGGAUGCAAUCAACACUGUCGACGUAAAAGUGACUUGCCACGCCAUAUACACAGCGUCCACGAUCGCAUGAACAAUCGCUACAUUAACUACAAGUGCAACAUAUGUGGCAGGAUGAAGAAAUGUAAAUCCCGCAUCGAUUCAGUGACACGUCAUGCAAAGAUUUGCUGGAAAAAGAAGCAAAAGAUGAGAUGCGCCAAGAGUUACACUAGCGAACGAUCCUUGGACGAUCAUCUUUUUACCCAUGACCAUGUAAACAACGAUCCUAUCACACGUUACUGCCACGGUUGUCAUGAGCUAAAGAAGUAUACCCGACCUGAGGCGCUGGAGCGUCACCUGAAACAGUGUUUGGGAAGAAAAGAUGUAACAAAUAGCUAA